AUGCCAAUUACCGGCUGGCAGCGGCUCUUCCCUGGGAUGGAUGCCGCUCUCGCCCCUCGCUGGAAGGCGCCGCGGUGCUGCUUCGCGGCGGGUCGGUACCGGGACGGAACCGGGACACCGGAGAGGCAAAUUAAUGGCCAACCGCCCACUCGGUUUGAACACGGAGAAUCCUGUUACCUCCUCACGGAUCAAGUACACACACCGAGAGGCUUCCCCACGUGGAAACGCCCUCGAACCAAAACACAAGAACCCGCAUCGCCGGCGGGAAGGGCGACAGGACCCCCGAGCCGGGGCUUUCCUGUGCCUCUUUCCCCCAGGGCAGCAGGGACCCGCGGAGAGGGCGGAGGCAAGGUGGGAGAACCCGAAAACGCACCGCCUCCGGUCGAGACGCCGCCGGCCCCAGCUCUGACCCCGGCUCCCGCCCCGGCCCUCCCAGGCGCGGGUGGGCAUGGCGGGCCGCAGAGCCCUCCCGCCUGGCCCGGGUGGGCCGGCAUCCCCCCGGCUGGUCGUGGGGCGCAUCCCAGACCCCCCAUUUCCGCCGCUGCGAGGGUGGGCGGAAGGCGCAGGCGAGGAACAAUGCGAUGGCAGCCGGCACCGGGCUUAUCCAGCGGCCGCGGUAACAGCCGGUCGGCUAGGGGUGAGGACAAGACGGCGAGGACGGUCACCUGGGGAGAGGCAGAAAGUCCGUCUGGACGGGCUAUAAGUCACCCCGUCCGCAUGGGAGACCAGGGGGUUUUUUGGAACUAA